CACGGGCAAAAAGACACUUGCAAUGUUCUUUUCAUUACUGACGUACAACGAUACAAACUACCUGAGCAAACACAUAUGUAUACAAAUUCAAAACAUUAAAAACAUUGAAAACGUGAAAACACUGGGUGACGAAUUCUAAUCCAUAAAAUUUUAAUGUAGGUACAUACAUUAUAUGGUGUAAUUUCUCUAUCACCCUUCGUAAAAAGAAAACACGAAACGAAAAAUGAACAUUACAGAACAUCUGCACGUAGGUCUAGGUACCAUAUACCUACGUUUUGAACGAUUCAGAUCUGUGGACGACUUUCAAAGCUAUAGUGCGUUUAAAGAACAGACAAUUUUCAACGAUUGUGAUUCUUACUUGAGCAUUUCUAGUUUACGAUGAAUUUUUCGCGAAAUUUAUUGACUACAUUAUUAUCGAUAUUUAUACUUUUCGAAGAUUCCAUAUCAAAAGAAGUUUUCGUAUACAGAGACAUUGACACUGCUCCAUUGGCAUUGAUAAAAAAACGAAACUCGCCCUCAUGGGAACGUGCAAUCCCUCAUAAAUCUCCAAACAAGGAUACCGAGGCUGGUUAUUUUUACGACGAUCCCGAAGACGAGGAAGGACGUAAAGAUGAGUUUAAAAUCGCAUGUCCGUCCUUUGGCGAUCAGCAAAAAGAAACAGAAAAAAAAUGGAGAGAAUCUGACAAACUCUUCAAAGAAAGCCAGCUUUUUUUCAUAAAAAACUAUGAAAGUGUACAUAGAAUAUGCAGAGAUCAUGCCAAACCUUCAAUUAGAAAAUCAAUAAACGAUGUUGGAAAGCCAAUAAAUUGUGGAAAAUCGGGAGCUGAAUUUUACGAAGUUGGAUACCCGGUAUCACUGAACGAACAGAACGCGUAUAAUAUCGAAUUCAUACCCAUUUACAAAAUAUGCCAUUCGGGGGCUCCAGGAGUAGGCACACAAUAUACAAUUCACGAAAUAACAUCGCCAGAUUUAAUGAUGUUGAAGUAUAGAAAAUCGUAUUAUAUUGACCCAUCUAAAGCGUUCCAGUCUUAUCUGGAUGAUUGUCCCGAUUGUGCAGCAGAAUUUUACAAAGCAAAAAAUCGUUACAUCGUUCACCAAUUCGUUGGAAUAUACGAUAUGCCAACUAGGCUUUGGCAAUGGACAACAAUGUUUCGUUUUAAUUUCAUCCAGUUGUCAAUUAGUGACAAAGACUUAUUGAGGGGAUUGCAAAGAGCAGACCAAUUUAUCCAAUUAUUCAGUAGAAAGACAAACAAACCUCUGACUUUAUAUUCUGGCAUAAUCGAAACAAAAUCAAAGGGUAUUACGAGCACAUUCUGCACUGCAGUCCAUUGUGGUAAAAAUUUCAUCGUGAAAUUGUUUUGGAGAAUUAUUACGGAUGCUGAAAAUAACGCCAUAAUCUUAAUAACCCAACUCACGCGAAAUGAUUGCAAACAAACAAAUAACAUACGAGUGAUAUGUCAAAAUGACGAAGAUCGCGUCAUGUUGGAAUAUUAUAAUGAUGGUGGCUGUAUGUAUAAGUGCCCUGUAACCGAUACAAUAAUAUCUGAAUUAGGUUUACCAACAGGAUUACUAGGAUUGAAGAUCGACGGAGUUCUAUCUCUAGAUUUUGAUAUACCUGAGGAAGAGUCAAACAAUCUGCGGAGAGCUGGAGGUUCAUCUGAUACAAACGCAGAAUCUGCAGCUCAGCAUAUCGGUAUAAGUGAUUUUAUGGGAGAUGCGGCAGGUUUUGCGGUUGCUGUGGCUGCUGUUGAUGCUGGACUUGCAGCGAUUAUGCAAGCUGAGGCCGCAGCUGAGGGUGCAGCAGAUGGUGCCGCAGAUGGUAACGGGGGUAAUGAUGGUAAUGGUGAAGGUAGUGGUAACAAUGGAGGAUCAAAUGGACCGGAUGGCGAAUGAACUUGUAGUAUUUUUUUAAAUAAAGCUAUGUGAAAAUAAUGUAAAGAUAUUUAUCAGCAAUCAAUUUUUUAAUUCUAAACAAAAUCACAAAUCAUGUUAAAUAGGUACCUCUAAGACUUCAUUGUGUGUGCAAUAUAUCUAUAUUAUUCCAUUAAAACUUUUACUGCGGAAAAAGUACUGAAAAUUUUUCACUUCUGAAAUCAUGAGUGAUUUAACUACAUAGAAUUUAUUUUAUGCCAAAUUGUUACACAAAUAAACUCGCGAGAGAAUCUCUCAAGGUAUUUGCCUUUGCAUAGUCUGAAACCCCAUAAUCAAAAUUUCCACAGUCGAAGUACCCACAUAAACUGAUUUUACAAAAAUUUUUGCAAAUUAAAAAUUUACCAGAAAUAUACACGGAUAAUGUAAUAAGAGUAAGAUCCGGAAACAUGUCCGAAGCAAAGAAGAUAGGAAGAGGAGUAAGACUGGGAUACCAAGCCAAAAGGGCUAGGCAUCAAUGACACCCUUGUCAAUUCCCUGCUAUUCGCUUAUGAUCAGGUGGUCUUUGCUGACACUGAAGAUGACUUGCAGAGAGCAAUGUACAGCCUUCAAAAAGUAGCAGAUAAAUAGGUAUGGAAUGAGAAUCUUGUCAUCAAAAACAAAGGGGAUGGCUUUUGAGGGGAAAGAGCCAAUAUGCAGUAAAAUUGUUGUAAAUGGACUGCCAGUAGAACAAGUCAGAAGCUUUAAAUAUCUUGGGUGCAAGCUAUCUUAUGAAAGGGAGGUCGACACACAACUUAAAAUCAACAAAUUCCUGAGAGUAGGUAAGCGAGGCGAUAAACUAAGCCAUCCCUCCAAGAAAAGUCAGAGCUGUAACUUGAAUAAGAAUCUACAAUACUUCUUGUAUGCUGGCAUGACCAAUGCUGCUGUAUGGAAGCAAAACAUGGGCGAUGAGAAAUGAUAGAUAUAAAAAGCAGAGUAACCACAGCGGAAAUGAAAUUCAUGCUAGCCAUGGCAGGAUAUACAGAAUGAAUCCGGAGUCGUCCAGUGAAAUUCAACUGCUGAUAGUAUUCGAGGAGAGAGGAGACAAACAAAAAACGUUAUUACAAUAAGUUGUACGUGCUUCGCAAAACCAAAAAUUUACCAAUUUUGAAAAAUUCAUCAAAAAUAAGAAAAUGUUUGAAUCAUUCAAAUGAUGCAUGGCCAAUUUGCCUAUCUUCAAAAUUGAAGGGGUAAACCUGAUUCAGUGCCCCAAAUUUGAGUUUUGAAAUUAUGCUUGCCCCUUCAAUUUUGAAGAUAGGCAAUUGGUCAGAAUAACAUUUUUGAACAUUUUCUUACUUUAGAAGAAUUUUUCAAAACAGGUAAAUUUUAGUUCAAAAAUAUGGCAGUUUCUUCAAUUUGCAGACAGUAAUAAAAUGAUGAGGGUACCAAAUACCAAAUACCACCUGUACAACAAUUGUCAGCAUCGACAUUUACAUCGACAAUGUUUUUUUCCAACAUGAUGAUGGAAAAGUGACCAGUAAGUUAUUUAAUAGGAAUCUUCUGUCCGUAAAGAAGCCAGGUUAAUGAAAAUUUUCGAAAUUUUCUCAUUAUUUCUGAUACCUCGAUAUGCGAUGUCAACAUGUUGAUUUAAAAUUUGAUGCUCAAAAUUUACAUCCACAACUAUGUUGACCAAUUUUUCAGAAUUAAAAUUUCUGUUUCAGUGUUUAAAAGCUCAGUAAACAUUUGAAAAGAUGAUCUUUGAAGGGAGAAAAUUUUUUAAUGGCCUAGAUAAAAUUAUUCACUUUUCCAUAGUUUGGAGUUGUCGAUGUUAUGUCGAUGUGAAAGUAAAUCGUCCACAAAUACAUCGACACUAACAUCAACCAAAUUUUCAAAGAUUUCUCAAAUUUGAAAAAUUAAGUUGAUAUUGUGGAUGUAUUUGUUGAUGUUGAAUUUCACAUCAACAUUAACAUAGACAUGAAAAUGUAUUAGUUUAGUACUCUUAGAUAACCUAUUGCACCAUUCAGUAUAAAGAGUUUAAUGUUCAACUAUACUGAAUAGGGACUUUCUGUCUGUACUUCUCGGAGGUGGCCUCUGCGUCAAUGCUGCUUUUGCUUUCAGCAUGAGCAAUGACCACCUAGGUGUGUAAGAGAAAAUGAUUUUUGGAGAUAAAAUUUCAAUUUUGAAACAAAAAUUUAACAAUUUUGCGUAGCUGGAGGUCGAUGUAAAUUUCGAUGCCAAUGUUGAUCCAUCCAUAUCCGUCACAUUUGGACUCCACAUGUCAAUGUAAAUUUUGACCCUGUGUCGAGCCAAUUGUGGACAUAAAUGCCGAUCAACAUUGGUCGAC